CCCCCGUGUGUGAUGGUUUCAUCUAUACCGGAAAUGUCCGUGUUUACAACGCGUUAGCAAUAUCGGAAUGAACGUCAUUCAGUUUCUUUCGUUAUUGUAAACAACACCAACUGACUAUUGAUAUAACUCGCGUCAAUUAAUAAGACUCAUAAAGCGCCGUAUGGUGGUUUGGACGCGAAACGGGCUACGGCGAGUCGUAGCAAUGGCCAGCUGGUCAGGCAACUAGCGAGGCUGGCUACAAACGUCCUCCUCGCCAGUGGAGUCUAAACAGGUGCGGUGCGGCGGAAGGUGAGCGGCCAUGGGCGCCGAGAGCAGCGCCGUGCGGAGCUGCACGCCGGAAGAGCCGCUCCUGAGCCUGCCCUUCGGUCUCACCAUGUUCUCGGCGGUGCUCCAGGAUGGAAGGGCCGCUUCUGUGUUUGUUCACAAGCGCGGCAAUGAAGAUAAGGUCAAUAAAGCGGCGAAGCACCUGAAGACCCUGAGGCACCCGUGCCUGCUGCGCUUCCUGUCCUGCUCGGUUCAGGAUGGCAGCGUCCACCUGGUGACGGAGCGCGUCAAACCGCUGGAACAGCAGUUGGACGGGCUCUCCCCCGAAGAGAUCUGCGCCGGAAUCUACGACCUCCUGCAAGCCAUUGUCUUUCUGCACGAGAGAGGCAAAUCGAGCCACAACAACGUGUGCAUCUCGUCUGUAUUUGUCAGUGAAGAUGGACAUUGGAAACUGGGAGGGAUGGAGACAGUCUGCAAGUUCUCGGAAGCGACUCCGGAGUUUCUUGUUAGUAUUCAGAGCGUGAGAGACGCCAGCUGUGUUCCACCAGAGGAGCAGUCGGAGGGCUUUAAAAUGCUUCCAGAUAAACACGCCCACUCUCGGGACUGUUACGCUUUUGGCUCCGUACUUGAGACCCUCCUGCCUCUCUUGAACGGUUACGUGUCGCAGGAGUCGGCCGACAGUCUGCAGAAGACCCUGCAGGCGGGCCCGCUGAACUCUGACCCCUCCUGUCGGCCGGCCCUCAGCUCCCUGCUGACUCAUGGUUUUUUCAGGAACGACUUUCUGGAAGUGACGAACUUUCUGAGCAGCCUCACGCUGAAGACGGAGGAAGAAAAAAACGAGUUCUUCAAGUUUCUUCUUGACAGAGUCCAGAGCCUCCCCGAGGAGCUGACCGCCGCACGCCUCGUCCCCAGGCUCCUCAACUCCCUGGUCUUUGCCGAGCCGAUGGCGGUCAAAAGCUUCCUGCCGUAUCUGCUCAAGCCAAAGAAAGAUUGCAAUAGUGGGGAAGAAUGCCUGCUGUCUGCGGCCCUUUACCGCAAACACGUCAUCCCGCAGCUCCUCAAACUCUUCAAAGUCAACGAGGAACACGUGCGGAUGGUGUUGUUGGCGAACAUCCACAUCUAUGCUCCGUUCUUCUCCCACGAGGAGCUGAAGAUUCAGAUCCUACCUCAGGUUUUGCUUGGGAUGAGAGACACCAGCGACGCUCUGGUCGCCAUGACGCUGCAGAGUCUGGCGGUGUUGGUGCCCUUGCUCGGGGCUCAGGUGGUGGUCGGGGGGGAGAGAACGAAAGUCUUUAAACGCUCGUCUCCCAAGUUCAGCAGGUCGGCCGAGGCCACGCCGGAAACGUCGCCCAUCCACAUCAUAGGAGGCUCCUCCCCUCAGAUGGAGCAGCCUUGCAAGGUUGUGAAUUUGUUCCCCCAACCGCCUCAAGACCUGGCGAAGGGCAACACGGGGCGAUUUACGGGGAGGAGGGAGAUUUCAAGAAACUACAUGCUCGAACCGACAUUAGGCGUCAGUAAACCGACGUUCCUCCCCUUAAAUGGCUUCGGUCAGCACGGCGACACCGACACUUCCAGCCCGGAGGAGACGGCGCACUCAGUCAAAGGCCGCGGGGAGGACUGGCCUGACUGGAGCGAUCCAGAUGAGAGUGAGGACCGAAAGAGCCAGCCGGUCCGCAUCCUCAUCGAGGCCUCCGAUGCGGCCGCACCACAACAGACUGCCGAAGCUGAAGAAGAACCUUGGGAUGAUUUUGAGGACACCGAAGCCACCUCCGAGUCCUCUCCUGCAGCUCCUGUCGUAUUGACGACACCACCGGGCGGACAAACCACUGAGCCACGAAGACCGGGAGCUUCCAAACCUCUCAAACUAAGCUCAACAACACGACCGGCCAAUCAAUCCCCGAUGGAACCCAAGCACGUGGGUCAGAAGUACCGCAAGGGCGCGGGAGGUCUCGGGGAGGAGUUCACCAUUAAGGUGAAGAAGCAGCAGCAAAUAGACCCGGAGCUGGAUUUGUUUGCGGACAUGGUGCCGGACAUCAAGCUGUCCUCUUCGCCUCUGCUCAUACUGAGCGCGAGCGGCGACGCCGCCGCGCCGACGUCGAGCAACGCCGCUGCGGACGCGACGGCAGCGAUGCUAUCUGACAAGUUUGCUGCCGCCAGUGUGACUGAGGCGGAAGAAGACGGUUGGGGCGACGGGGAUGACCUCAACUGGGAGGAUGAAAAUGGUUGGGGAUGACAUUUACCAACUCUGGAGCGCUCCCCCAAAAUGGAGAAAGAAAACACUUAAUUGAUUUUCGAUGCAAGAAUAGCGACGUGUUCAACGGGAACGAAUCAAAGCUGAUCAGACAGGUGGGGUGGGGGUGUAAAUGAAGCCAUUUCUUAAUUUUUUUGCCAACUGACACAGAUGCUGCCAACAGAACUUA